UGUGAAACCUAACCUCACUUUCUGUUGUUUUGCCGCAUUUCCCGCUGAGAAACUGAUAUUCCGGGCGAUCUUAGCAUGGAGCAUUCAGCCCCAUCCCAUUUUAUCAACUUCAAUGACCAAAUCUCCUGCUUUGACUUGUCCAGUCACGAUUGGUCCCAGAAUUUGUGCUGUGUCGCCCUUUCCAAUCGCAUCAUCGUGGGCUUGAUCCGGCUGCCCGAGGAGUCGCACAGCGACAGCUUCGAGUGGCAGGUACUCAAGGAGAUCCAUCAUGAGACCCGUUGCUAUGCCUUGGCCAUCGCUCCGGAAACUUCUCUCUCUAUAGUGCCGAAGAAUGUCGUAAUUGCUGCAGCUGGAGGGGACUUCAACAUCCGCAUCCUGCAGAGUGACCUGGAAGAUAAUACUAGCGUCCGGAUCCUCAGUGGACACACCAACUACAUUAAUAGCAUUGCAUGGGACUACGAGGGGGAAUUUCUGGCAUCUGUGGGAGAUGACUAUUCGUGCAUUCUCUGGGAUUGCCGGAAUGGCUUUGAGAUCGUCACGAGAUUCUUCCUGACAGCAGCUGGGAUGAGUGUUAAGUGUCAUCCUGAGGAGAAGGAUAAGCUCCUGGUGGCGGCCAAGAAUGGAAUUAUCAGUUUGUACAGCAUGAAAUCCGAUCAAGUUGUUCUGACCAUUGAGGCGCCAAAAUUCCCUCUCAUGAGCGCCGACUGGUCCACAAAGAAUCGCCACUGUGCUGUGGCCCUAGCAGCUGGAGAACUCUUCGUGUGGGACCUGCGGAAGCCCAGCCGACCAGUGAACACAAAACAAUUGCACGAGGACGGAGGAUUGACGGUGAAAGUGUCUCCGGCAAAUGAGAAUCUAACAGCAAGCAUCGGCCGUCCGGAUCUUACGCUCAAAGUCAUUCACGCAAAGGCCCAACUGCCCCAAAUAACAGCUCCCCUGAAGCUCUUCGGGGGCCUCUGCUGGCUAAAUCGCCACGUAGCAGCCGCCUACGAUCGGAAACUCUGCCUUUGGAAUGUUCUGACCAAAUAAAAGCCACAUUUUUUUCAA